AUGAUCUUCAUCACUUGGAAUUGCCAGGGUCUUGGUGCUUCCCUGGCAGUAAGGAAUCUAAAGGAGGUUUGCACUAAAUAUAGACCUUCUUUAGUGUUCCUAAUGGAAACAAAAAAGCAUCAGAGUUACUUAAAAAGAAUUAAGAAGAAGCUUGGCUUUCAUAGUGAAUUCUAUAUGGAUCCUAGAGGUAGAAGUGGUGGACUGGCGGUCUGGUGGAUGGAUGAAUUGCAAAUUGAUCUUAUAUCUGGCAGUUCAAACAUUAUUCAUGCUAGGAUCUCUUGCACAAGUGAAGAUGCACCUUAUUUCCUUACGCUGGUUUAUGGACCCCCAAAAGAAGCAGAGAGGUCUCGGGUUUGGGACAGAUUGGCGAGCUUGGCUACUUCUAUAAACGGCUCCUGGUUGUGUGCUGGAGAUUUCAAUGAAAUUCUGAAUCAGAAUGAGAAAAUGGGGGGAAAUCCAAGAGCUGCUAGGAAGAUUCUAAGAUUCCAUAAAAUGAUCAGUGACUGUGAAUUUCUGGAUUUAGAAUUUAAAGGUUCAAGAUUCACCUGGGCUAAUGGUAGAAUAGGAGUGAACAAUAUCAAAGAAAGAAUAGACAGAGUUUUUGGAAAUGGUGAAAUGAGAGAAAAAUUUCCAAAAGCAAUGCAUGAGGAAUAUGAUGGGGUGGUUUGUAGAAGCUGGAAUUCUGAUAAAUACCAAAAUAGCAAUGUUGCAGAUGAAGUGGCUGCAAAACUGAUGUUGACUGAGGAAAUUCUGAUACAGAAAGAGGCUAUUUCCCGUGAAAUGGAAGAGGCAAUCAGCUAUGUUGAUUGCAAAAUUACAGAAGCUGAUAAUAUGCGCUUAAUGAGAGCUGUCGCUAAAGAAGAAGUCAAGGCAGCUUGUUUCCAGAUGGGAGGGAGGAAAGCCCCUAGUCCUGAUGGUUUUAUUGGGCAAUUCUAUCACUGUUCUUGGGAAACUGUAGGUGACAAGAUCUUUGAAUUGGUGAAAAAUUGUGUUGAAAAUGGUCUUCUGAUUGAUCCUGUGAACACCACUGAUUUGGUGAUGAUUCCAAAGACUGAUAAACCUGAAGUUGCCUUACGGAAAAACUGCAGAAGGUUAAAGAAGAUUUUUGCAGUAUAUGGAAAUGCUUCUGGUCAAUUAGUUAAUCUGGAAAAAUCUAGAAUUUAUUUUUCUGCAAACACUGAUGAAAAGAGAAGAAACCGUGUUUGUAGGUGGCUAGAAAUAAAAGAAACCAGAGAUCCAGGGAAAUAUCUUGGCCUCCCUAUUAUUUGGAGCAAGUCAAAGGCUGAGUCACUUGCCUUCAAUCGCGAAAAGAUGAUAAAGAAGAUACAAGGAUGGAAAUAG